UCCCAUGCAGCUCAAAGAAAGAUUCGUCAACUUCUCCUCAAUACUGGGAAGAAUAAGGAAGAAAGAAAUAGAUCAUCAUCUAGCUAGCUAGGCUUGAAGUCUACCAGAAAGAGCAGGGAGAUUGAGAGAAAUAAAGCCAUGGCAAUGCUUAGGCUUCUCAUUCAGAAGCUACAAAAGGGUCUCUCAGUCUCGGCACCCAGAGGACCAGAUCUCAGAGAAUUUAGCCAUGAAGAACUGCAAGUGCCGGAUGACGUAAGCGAAGGACAUUUUGCUGUUUUUGCGGUCAAAGGUGAGGAAACAAAAAGGUUUGUCGUUGAACUGGACUACUUAACAAACCCAGCAUUCUUAAGGUUGCUGGAGAAGGCUAAGGAAGAAUAUGGAUUCAGACAGAAAGGAGCUCUUCAAAUCCCUUGUCCUCCGGAGGAGCUACAGAAGAUUCUCGACACAGGAGGGAGAAAACUUUCUUACCAUUGUAGAGAGAGUAAAUGAACAGAGAUUACGUUUUAACUUUAUUCACCCAAUUAUUCCUCUUUUGUUACUUUAGCAUUGAUAAGAAAUAUUUACUUUUGGAAGGAAAAAG